GCAAGUCAGCCGCAAAUUCAUAUAUAAGCUUCUUAUCAGUUACUUUGAAUGGAAUGAGAACCAAUUUGAAGUCUCAGUAUAACAGAGCAAAUAUGAAAAAAUUGCGUACACAGUUGCUUGAUAUGCUUCUGCAAGAAUUAGUUCAUGGAUUCUUUUAGAUCUUUUUGUUGCCACGGGUUUAAGUGUUUGGAGAGAAUGUCUAGUUGUAACAAACAUGCUGAGCAUGACUGGGCUUCACUUCCUCUCCUUCCUCUGUGGAUGAUAAAAGAUAAGUUAGAUAUGUUUGACAAUUUAUCCCUAUCUUCUGUUUGUCGUGAUUGGCACUCUAUGUCUUCAAGCUAUCCAAAAAGGCAUACUAUUGGAGAUGGUAUGCCAUGGAUCAUGCAACUGAACAGAAGUAUACUCAGCGGUGCUCGUGACUUUGUCAGUAUUUCAAGAAAGAAAAAAUUUACACUUGAUCUGCCUGAAUUUGUUAAUGCACUUCUGCUUCACUCAAAGCAGGGCUGGCUUCUAAUGCUGCGUAAAAACUUAACAAAAGAAAGGAAAAGCUAUCCAGAUGCAGAAUCAUUGUUCCUUAUAAACCCCUUUACAAGGGCUAAAAUUGGAAUGCCAGCUGUGGUGCUUGCCUAUGCCCCUCAGGAAUGCCAUGGAUCUUUUUCCACAAGAAAUGGCAACCCGGAACGAGUGGUCCUUCUCACUGGAUGUUUUUCAGGCCAAAUGACUUUAUCCAUAGCUUUCCCAGGCGACUUAUCGUGGACUAAACUUUCCUUUUUUGGGCAGCCAAUGCAAAUAGAAGGACGAUGUGGUCUAAUUACAAUUGAAGAAAAGGUAUACUACUUGAAUUUGAUGGAAAACAUGAUAAUUUAUGAUAUAGGUACUAAAGAAUGGAAAGAAUUGCCUGGACUAGGGAAUGAGAAUGGAGAUAUGUACAUCAUGGAGUAUGGAGAGAAAAUCAUAAAUCUUUUCUUCAGUACUAGUGAGCACACAUCACACAGCUUUUAUAGUUAUAAUGAUACUGAAUUUACUUGGGAAAGGAUCAAAAUUGAUGAUUUGAAGGAGACAAGUUGGUACUUGUCGGCGAAGACAUCUUGCUUCUCAGCCAAAGACAAGGAUUUAAAAGUUAAUCAACUUGUGCCAAAGUAUCGCGGUCUUAUUCGUGGUGCCCCUAUGACUUACGGUUAUGAUAUUGUCUCGCAUGAUCUGAUUAACGGGGGUAGACAAACUCUUGAGCUUCCUUGGCAGAUUAACUCAUCAGCCAAAUGGGUUGAUAUUGGUUAGCUUUGCCGUUGUGUGUUUAUUAUCUGUUACUUAAAAUGAACACUCAAUUUUGAUUAGAGUUGUGAACAUGUAAAGUACUAUUUGCAAUAUUCCUAUCAAUAUUAUUGCUGCAGCUUGUUUGGCAUAGUUUUCCAAAGCCCUUGAGUGAUAUUUGACAGUUUGUUCCUCGCUUCUCUUUGUCGUGAAGGCCGGCUUCCUCAAGCUGUCCAAAAGACAAUCUGGUGGAGAUGAUGUUGUGCAGCAUCUCUUUAUGCACAACUUUCAUUUUUCUUUCUAGGGUAUUUACUAGUUCAAUUAGAAUAUGAAGUGAAUAUGCUGGUUUUUGUUCUUUUCUGGUUCAUAUGUAAAAUAAACACAACUAUAGUAAUCAACUAGAAGUAAUCGACUGGUUGGAUGUUUUCUUCUUUGUAGAGGAAUAUAGUAACACAGCAGCAAGUCCAUUUAUAAUCUUCUUAUCAGUUAGUUUGUAUGAGUGUCGACUUAUUUGAAGUCUUAAUUACUGACAUAGGAUAGUGCAAAGUGCAGAACCUUGAUAAGCUAGCUGCUUGAUACGCUUGUGCAAGAAUUUAUACAUAGUUGAGUCCACUGUUGUGCUGAUUUUCUGCGACCUGCCACACUCCAACUUCGAACCAGUCCAGCUUUAGGAAUUCUGAGACAAUGUCUAGUUGUAACAAGCACGCUGAGCGCGACUGGGCUUCACUUCCUCUCCUCCCUUUGUGGAAGAUAAAAGAUAAGUUAGACAUGUUUGACAAUCUGUCCCUAGCUUCCACUUGUCGCGAUUGGCACUCUCUGUCUUCAAACUACCCGAAAAGGCAAUCAAUUGGAGAUGGUAUGCCAUGGAUCAUGCAAAUGAACCAAAGCAUGGAUAGCAGUGCCCGGGACUUCAUCAGUACCUCAAGAAAGAAAAAAAUCACGUUUGAUCUUCCAGAAUUUGUUAAUGCUCUCCUGCUCUACUCAAAGCAAGGAUGGCUUCUCAUGCAUCGUAAAAACUUGUCCACAAAAAGUAAACACUAUCCAGUACCCGAUUCGUUGUUCCUCAUAAACCCGUUCACAAGGGCUAAAAUAGAACUCCCAGAUGAUGCGUAUGCCUCCAAGAAAUACCAUGGCUCUUUUUCCGCAAAAAAUGGCUACCCGUAUCGGGUGGUCCUUCUCAAUGCCUGCUUGUCUGGAGAAAUGACCUUAUGCACCAGGCGACUCAUCAUGGACCAUGUACUCCUAUCAUUUGCCUAUGCAGAUUGAUGCGCGAUGUGGUUUGAUAACUAUGGGAGAAAAAGUAUACUACCUAAACUUAAAGGAAAACAUGACCAUAUUCGAUAUGAGUACUAAACUAUGGAAAGAACUGGCUGGACCGAGGAAUGAGAUUGGGUACACAUACAUCAUGGAGCAUAAAGAGAAAAUCAUAAAGCUUUUCUUCCGUGAGGAGGUACCACAUAUCUUUUAUAGUUUUGAUGAGAAUACAUUUUCAUGGGAAAAGAUUGAUGAUUUGAAGGACAUUAGUUUGUACUUGUCAAGGAAGAGUUCUUGCUUCACAGCCAAGGAUGUGGGCUUAACGGUUAACCAACUGGUGCCUAAGUACGGGGGUGUUCUUCAUGGCUUUCGUAUGACUUAUGGUUUCAGUAUUGUCUGUCAUGAUUUGAUUGAAGGGGGUACAGAAACUCUGGAGCUUCCUCUGCGGAUUGGUUCAUCAGCGAAAUGGGUGGAUAUUGGUUAGCUUUGCUGUUAUGUACCUGUUGACAGUAGAACUGAAAAUUUAUCAGAGUUGUCAACAUGUAGCAGCAUUUAUUAUAUCCUUAACAUGUUUAUGAUUAUGUUUUACUACAAAUCACAAUUUCUUUGUGCUUGAUCAAAUUACAGUGCACUUAGAAUUUUGCUGAAGAUAUGGAUAUGUCGUUGCUACACAAUUACAGACCUCUGUUUAGUCACAUUUAUGCCUGAUAUUUACUGUAUUUAACAGGGGGUUAGUAUUGUUCGACAAGGGCAAAACCUAAAUUAAGAGACUUUGGCCUGAAUCCUGAUUAUAAAGAUUUGUCGGGAAUUAGUGUAACGU